CCCACCCUCCACCAUGUGAUCUUGGGUGUUCUGGACAGGUCAUCUCCUCCCGAAACCCACCCCCCCUUCGUCGUGACCUUGAAGCCCUGGGUCCCGAUGGCGAACUUAGAGAGACUAGCGGGCAGUCGGCGUGGUUGGUGCUGUGGGGAGGGAGAGAGAUGACUUAGCCCAAGUCGCCCCAGGAGGUGACCGCCAGGAGGGGGGUGUCAAAACAGACCCGGAGAAAGCGACACAUACUAGCUGUGUUACCCUGGACAAGUCACUUAACCCUCAUUUCUCCGCCCCCCCCCAAAAGUGUAGAAGUGAAUGUUACAUUAGAUGGCCUCUUCCUGCUUGACAUCAUAUAUGUUAUGAUCCCGCAGUAAGUCUUUGCACAGUUUGGAUCCCUUGCUCCUAGCAUGCAGCCUUUAAAAUAUGCAUGGAAAACCAGUCAGACUCUGAGGCAGAGUUCAUUGCACUCAGAAAUCUGGCAGAUCUUCAGGCCUUACAGAACAACAAGCAAUCUCAAAGCAAAAGUAUAUCCAGAGUUAGAGAAACCGCAAGAUGUUGGAGUCCAGAGGGAUUUCAGCUCCAGACUGGCAGCAGGACCAACAUUUCAGCACUUUUUAAGAAAUGCUUCAACUCCUCAAGAGAAAUCUGAUUCCUUUACCACAGUGGAGGAUCCACCCCCUUAUCUUACUGCAGAAGCCCUUGUAGGAAGAGGGAGAAAAGUCUAUCUAGAAACUUAUGGCUGCCAAAUGAAUGUUAAUGAUGCAGAGAUUGCUUGGUCCAUUUUGCAGAAGAAUGGCUACUUGAGAACUAACAGCCUCCAUGAGGCUGAUGUGAUUCUUCUUGUCACAUGUUCAAUCAGGGAGAAGGCUGAACAGGCCAUCUGGAAUCGUUUAAAACAGCUUAAAUCUGUAAAGGCCAGACGUCUCAAAUCACAGGUUCCUCUUCGAAUUGGGAUUCUAGGAUGUAUGGCUGAGAGGUUGAAGGAAGAGAUCCUACAGAGGGAAAAGAUGGUGGACAUUAUAGCCGGACCAGACGCUUACCGGGAUCUUCCUCGACUGCUGACUUUAGCUGACUCUGGUCAGCGAUCUGCUAAUGUCCUGCUUUCACUGGAGGAGACCUAUGCAGACAUCAUGCCUGUCCAGACAAGUUCAGAUGCCACAUCAGCAUUUGUGUCAAUCAUGCGAGGUUGUGACAACAUGUGUAGCUACUGCAUUGUUCCUUUCACACGUGGCCGUGAACGGAGCCGGCCAAUUGCCUCCAUUCUGGAGGAAGUGAAGAAACUCUCUGAGCAGGGCAUCAAAGAAGUAACACUCCUUGGCCAGAAUGUCAACAGCUAUCGAGACAAUUCAGAGAUCCAAUUCAAUAACGCCAUGCCUACUAAUCUGAGUCGAGGAUUUAGUGCAAAUUAUAAAACGAAGAAAGGAGGCCUUCGAUUUGCUGAUCUUCUGGAUCAGGUCUCCAGAGUUGAUCCUGAAAUGAGGAUCCGCUUCACUUCUCCCCACCCCAAGGACUUUCCUGAUGAGGUUCUACAGUUGAUCCAGGAGCGGAACAAUAUUUGUAAACAAAUCCAUUUGCCAGCCCAGAGUGGAAGCAGCCGGGUCUUGGAAAUCAUGAGAAGAGGAUAUACAAGGGAAGCUUAUUUGGACUUGAUUCACCAUAUCAGAGAAUCUGUUCCAGGAGUGAGCCUCAGCAGUGAUUUCAUUGCUGGAUUCUGUGGAGAAACAGAAGAAGAUCACCUGCAGACUCUGUCCUUGCUUCAGGAAGUCCGUUACAAUGUGGGUUUCCUUUUUGCCUACAGUAUGAGGCAGAAGACUCGAGCAUAUCACAGACUUCAGGAUGAUGUUCCAGAGGAGGUGAAACAGAGGCGGCUUGCAGAGCUUAUCACUGCCUUCCGAGAGGGUGCCGCAGAAGCCAACAUGGCUGUGGUUGGCCACACGCAGCUUAUCCUGGUGGAGGGGCCCAGUAAGCGCUCUACCACUGAGUUAUGUGGAAGGAAUGAUGGAAAUAUCAAAGUGAUCUUUCCUGACAUAGAGAUGGAAGAUGGCACUAACUCUAGGGGCCUGAUUCGUGCCCAGCCAGGAGAUUAUGUGUUAGUGAAGAUCACCUCUUCCAAUUCCCAGAGCCUAAGGGGAGUUGCUCUCUGCCAAACAUCUCUGCAGGAAUACUCAGAACGCUGCUGACCUGAAUUGACAGCCACGAAGUUCUUCUGUGUCCCCACUUGUUAGUGAUGUUGAGAAGAUUCUUGUGGCUUCAGAUUGGACUAGAUGCUCUCUGAGGUCACUUCCAAUUCUGAAAUUCUGGGAUAAAAUGGCAUUGAGUAGGUUUUUCCAAAGAGAAAGGAAGAAGUGACUGUUUUCAGCAGUAGUAUUUUUCUGAUGGGAAAUUGUCAUCAGUUAGGGGAGUAAGUUUAUGUCAAAUGGAAAAUGAAUCUUCUGGAUUCAUUUGCUAUUUGGAAGCAUCUCUAAGAAUCACUAUUAAAUGAUUCACCUACAGCUAAAA